GGGGCUGGGGGGGAGUUGAGCCAUGUUGGACUUCGCUAUCUUCGCUGUCACCUUCCUGCUGGUCCUGGUUGGAGCCGUACUCUAUCUCUACCCGGCUUCUAGACAAGCUUCAGGUAUUCCUGGGAUUACUCCAACAGAAGAAAAAGAUGGAAAUCUUCCAGAUAUCGUAAACAGUGGGAGUUUACAUGAAUUCCUGGUUAAUCUCCAUGAGAGAUAUGGGCCAGUAGUGUCUUUCUGGUUUGGCAGGCGCCUUGUGGUUAGUUUGGGCACCAUUGAUGCACUAAAGCAACAUAUCAAUCCCAAUAGGACAUCACAUCCUUUUGAAACUAUGCUAAAGCCUUUAUUAAGGUAUCAAUCUGGUCUGAGUGGGGAUGCAGCUGAGAAUCACAUGAGGAAAAAACUUUAUGAAAAUGGUGUGAACAAGUCUCUACAGAGUAAUUUAGCUAUCAUGGUCAAGCUUUCAGAAGAAUUAUCAAGAAAAUGGCUGUCGUACCCAGAAUCUCAGCAUGUGCCUCUUUGCCACCACACACUUGGCUAUGCCAUGAAGGCUGUUACACAAAUGGCUUUGGGCAGUAGCUUUGAAGAUGACCAGGAGGUCAUUCGCUUUCAGAAGAAUCACAGCACAGUGUGGUCUGAGAUUGGAAAGGGUUUCCUGGAUGGGUCACUUGACAAAAGUACCACCCGGAAAAAGCAGUAUGAAGAAGCAUUAAUGGAAAUAGAAUCACUUUUUAAAAAAGUCAUAAAAGAACGAAGAGAAAGAAGCUCCAAUCAACAUAUUUUUAUAGACUCCUUAUUGCAAGGAAACCUGAAUGACAAGCAGAUUCUAGAAGACAGCAUGAUAUUUUCUCUAGCAGGAUGUGUUAUAACUGCUAACUUAUGCAUGUGGGCAGUCUAUUUUAUUACUACAUCAGAAGAUGUCCAGAAGAAAUUGCACAAAGAGCUAGACCAAGUUCUUGGGAAAGGUCCAGUUACUCAAGAGAAAAUUCAUCAGCUCAGAUAUUGCCGGCAAGUGCUCUGUGAGACAGUUCGAACAGCUAAAUUAACACCAAUUGCUGCCAGACUUCAGGACCUAGAGGGAAAAGUUGAUCGGCAUAUCAUUCCUAGAGAGACCCUUGUUCUUUAUGCUCUUGGCGUGGUUCUUCAGGAUAGUUGUGCCUGGCCAUCACCGUACAAGUUUGAUCCAGACAGGUUUGAUGAUGAAUCUGCUAUGAAAAAUCUUUCUUUGCUUGGAUUUUCAGGCACACAAGAGUGCCCUGAGUUGAGGUUUGCAUAUAUGGUGGCCACAGUGCUUCUAAGUGUGCUGGUGAGAAAACUGUGCUUACAUCCUGUGGAAGGGCAAGUUAUUGAGACCAAAUAUGAGCUGGUAACAUCGUCAAAGGAAGAAACAUGGGUCACUGUUUCUAAAAGAAACUAAAAAUGAAUGUCAAGUUGCAAAAAAGAAAGCGCUUCAGCCCGCUGGUGCUGAGAAUUCAUUUGUUUCACUGAAAAAUGAUAUCCUAAAUCUAUCAUAGGGUUUGGUGUUCAGACCUUAACUUUUUUCUACAUUUUUAACAUUAUCUUCUUUUUCAUAUUAAUAUUCCUUUACUAAAGUGAAUUUAAUACAGACAUUUGUUAUUUGAACCACAUUGACUCCAGGAAGUGUGAUACAGAAGUGAAGGUUUUUUUGCAAGACCAUUUCUAAACACUGCCUUGUCAUAACAGACCAGCCAUGAGCAGUGUAUCCUUUAGGGCUGACUGGCAGUGAGGACCACUGUUUUAGACAGCAAUAGCUAGUAGUUAUAAUUUUCAUUGUUUAAUAUUAAAUUAUCCAUUGUGUUCUAGUUUUUACAUAAAACAUUUACAUUAAAUGGUCCCUGUUUUGAAGAAUUUUAAUUCUAAGAAAGCAUAAAGCAUGUAUUAUACAUACUAUUAUACAUUUUAAAUAUGCAAAGGGAACUGAAUAUUUAUAGAAAUAUUGUGGCAAAUCAUUUUAUAAACAAAGAAACCUUUUGUAAUAUGAAUUUUACCUAAUUUGUUUUAUAAUUUAGAUUUGUGUAUGCUCUAUAAGAUUUUCUUAAAGCAGAGCGUAUUUGUAACUAUAUUGUACCAAGAUACUGCUCACUUUAAAUGGAUAGUUUAGCUUUAUAUUUUUGAAUUAAUGUUUUCCCAUAUCACCUCCUACCUUUUAUUUUUCUUAUAUAAUUGAAAUUGUUAUUCUUGGGGGAAAAUUGUUUGGCAGAUUGGAGGAGGCAAGAGUUUGGUGACAUAUCUUUCUAAUAGUUACUUAUAUACUUGCAUACUCUACCUCUUAUUAUGUGUUCUACCUCUUAUCGUGACACCUAGUUGUUUUGACAGGUGUACCAUUUUAGUAUAAAAAGAAUAGGAAAGAGAAGGGGAGAUUAUCUUCCUUUAAAAAAAAA